AUGACGCUCAAGCUCCAGGGAACGUUCACGGCGCUCGUAACGCCUUUCACGGAUGACGGCAGCGCUGUGGACUACGACAAGCUGCGCGAGCUCGUCGAGUGGCAGAUCCAGGAGGGCAUCAAUGGUCUCGUGCCCAUGGGCACGACGGGCGAGUGCCCCACGGUCUCACACGAGGAGCACGACCGCGUGAUUGCGACGGUCGUGGCCGCGGUCAACGGACGCGUGCCGGUGAUUGCUGGCACGGGGUCCAACAGCACUACCGAAGCGCUGCGCCUCACGCGUGCAGCGAAAGAGCACGGCGCUGAUGCCUGUCUCGUCGUGUGCCCGUACUAUAACAAGCCGACGCAGAAGGGCUUGUACGCCCACUUCAAGGCCGUGGCCGACGUGGGUCUCCCCGUCGUGGUGUACAACAUCCCGGGCCGGACGAACGUCAACCUGUCGCCCGAGACGAUUGCGGAGCUCUUCAAGCUGCCCAAUAUUGUAGCAAUCAAAGAGUCGACGGGCUCGCUGGACCAGGCAAUGGAGAUCGCUGCCCUUUGUGACAUUACCAUCCUGUCCGGCGACGACAACCUGACGCUGCCACUUAUGGCCAUGGGCGCUACGGGUGUCAUCAGUGUGCUGUCGAACGCAUCUCCCAAGAAGGUGCUGGCCGUCACGGACUCGAUGCUCAAGGGGGACUACGCCGCUGCGCGCAAGGCUGCUUUGGAAAAUGUCUUCCUCGUCAAAUCAAUCUUCAGGGAAGCCAACCCGCAGCCCAUCAAGAAAAUGCUGCAGCUCAUGGGCAAGUGCUCGGCUGCAGUGCGUGCGCCUUUGGUCGAGUGCGAACCAUCGACUGUCGAGGCCCUCACGAAGAUGGCCAAGACGCACGGGCUUAUCUAA